AUGAUAAAACUAGUUGCAGUAUUUCUACCCAAAAAUCGUUCUUUAAAGAGAACUUGGUCGUCAUAUGAAGAGAAGUUAAAGGAUUAUUUUAUAAAUAGUGGUGGACUAUUGAAAGAUGCUGAUGCUGUACAGUUUGGUGUAAAAGGUGUUCCUCCUGGUACACGAGUAAUGAUUGCUAAAGUUGACAGAGAUGACUACACACUGGAUGACAUAUUCUUCUUUCGUAGAGCAAUACCAAAAGAUUUAGACAUUCCUGAAUAUGAUCUUUACUUCAGUUUUGUCCACAUUGGGUCUCUCUGUUUGGGUUACCUCAUUCCUGAGUAUCUUUAUUCUUUAUUAUUUCCUCUAACUGCAAAGCUGCAGCAACAGUUAGCUAGUAUUGGUAUCACCGAACUAACAUGUGGUGAUGAUAAUUAUUACCUAACAAAGUUUUAUAUAGAAGAGGUUCAGCACUCAUUCACUGAUAUUGAUAAGGAUGGUAACAAUGUUUGUCAUUAUUCACUUUCAGAAGGUCACACUCAUUUUAUUAAGCAUCUGGUAGAGAAUUAUCAGUUAGAUCUGUGUGCUGUGAAUGAUGAGGGAAUGGCUCCUAUUCACUUAGCAUGCAGUGAAGGAAAAUUAAACUUGAUCCAGUACAUUAUAGAGCACAUACCAUCAUCACUUGAACUACCUGACAGUCAACACGGUCGAACUCCAUUCCUUACUGCAGUAUACUUCAAUCAUUUUGAAAUUAUUAAAUAUCUUAUUAGUAAGAAGUGUAAUAUAUCAGCUACUGAUGAUGAAGGGUCUGAAGCAGUUCACAUCUCAGUAGCAAGAGAUCACUCGAACAUAUUGAAGUAUCUCAUGGAUAAUAAUUAUUGUAAUCCUAAUGCAACUGAUUAUCAAGACCGUACACCACUACAUGUUGCUGUAACAGAUUAUGAAUAUGAAAUAUUAGAAUAUUUACUGAGUAAGAGUAUACCCUCAAUGAGUGUUGUCUGGUUACCCUGUCAGCAUGGACGACAGAAUAUGGUAUCGUUAUUACUAAAAGCCAGUCUGUCUAACAAUAACUUAUUAAUUACUAACAAGAAAGGACAGACACCAUUACACUUAGCAGUUGCCUCUGGUCAUAAGGAUACCGCUGAAGAAUUACUGUUCUCAGUCACUGGUAGUUCUACUCAUCAUGAUCUCCUUACAGCUACUGAUAAUGAAGGAUCCACUGUAUUUCAUACAGCUUGUAGGAUAGGACAUAUUGAUGUGUUUUGUUAUUUAUCCAGUAUUGUCUCUAAUCUAGUACCUAAAGACAAGUCUGGUCGUACUCCUCUUCAUUAUGCUUCUCGUUCUGAUAAUAUUCACAUAGUACGUUAUCACAUAGAGACCUUCCCCUGUACUCCUGAUGAUCCUGAUAAUAAUGGAUACACUUCAGUUCAUGCAGCAUGUGAAGCUGGUAGCAUGGAGUUAGUACAAUACUUUCUAACUGAUCUCAAAUGUAAUGCACUAGCUGAAACUGAUGAUUGUAAAACCAUGCUUUAUUUUGCUAGCAAGAGUUCUAAUUUAGACCUUGUUCGGUUUUUAGUUAAAGCAUUCAGUUUAAAACCUUGUCCACAUGAUAUUGAAAUAGCUCAAUCAGUUAAUCCUGAUUCAUCAGUAGUUAAAUAUCUUCAAGAGAUACAUUAUGAUUUAUUUCUUUUAGAACAAAGCAAAGUGAGUGGGUAUUAUGAGAAACUUGAAGGACAACAGGUUGACCCACCAGGACAAGAUAUUGUAUCUUAA